GCAUGUUAUUUGACUGUGACCACAGUAUGGCGGCUUAGUACAAGAUCAUUUGAUUUGUAGAGUGCAUCGCAGUGCAUUGACAAAAAUGGACAUAGAUGAAAAGUUGCGAGAGCAGAGCAAGGUACUUCUGCAGAAACUGAAAGCAAAACAAGGGAGACUACAGCAAAUGUUAUCUUCCAGCACACAUGAGAAAAAAAUCAAUGACCCAGUGGAUACAACAGUGGAGAGUCCAUCUGAUAAUGAUAAACGACGAUCAGGCAGGGAGGCCACACAGCAAUAUGACCGGGAAACUAUCAGCCAAACUCUGAAGGAAUAUGGAAGAUCACAAUUAAAAAUAUCCAAACCAAACCAAAUUCAGAUUGAAAAUAAAGAAAACUUCAACCAAACUAGUCAUGUAAAACGGGGAUUUAAACCCAAAGAGGUGAUGCAAGAAGACAGCCAAAGAGGGAAAUUGUAUGACCCUAGCAUUGUAUAUAAAAAAGCAAGUAGUGAAGUGAGGUACGAUGAGAAAGCCCUCAGUGCAGCAGGAGGUGUGAUGCAAAAUGAUAUAAAGAGAAAAUAUCCCUCAAAGGAGAGAGUGUGUACCACAUCAGAGAGGAGAAAUCUGAUCAGUCGUAAUGUGCAGGUCAAGGGGGAAGAGAUGACUGAUAUGUCAACAAAUGGUGGACUGAAUUUUAGUUAUUCAAGAUUUGAUGAAAGUGAUCUUGAUUUUGUGAAGUCUUAUAUGGAUGACUCUUCAAGUGAGGAAACCCCAGAGAGGUAUUAUGACAGACUUCAAGAAGCAGGAAAUGACAAGAAAGCAGCCAAGAUUAUCCAGGAAUCGUACAAACCGAAAUCCAUACUACAAACCACAGGACCCAAAACACUGAAAAAGGCAAGUACACUACUACAAACCACAGGACCCAAAACACUGAAAAAGUCAUUAGGCAGAGUGAGUUUCCUGACAUCACAGGACAGUGUGGGAAGUGACAUAGACCCCCAAGGAACUCGACAUCUCCUUGGAUAUGACUGGAUUGCUGCCCUGCUGGACAAUGAUCGAGGCACCACAAACCUGCCUGAGGGCUACUUUGAUGAACUAAGGGAGUUUAGACGACUGAAUAGAGAUGAAUGUGUGAACACAUUUUACAUGGAAGGGCCCGAGUCAUUGUUUUAUGAGAAUUCAGAUCCAGAACCAGUUAAGGAAAUACUUGAAGAUACCAAGGUAAAGCCCUACAUAGUGAAUGACAGGCUGUUUACGGAACCCAUAAAGAACAACUUGAUUCCUGGAGAAGAGUCUCCUCAUGACAGAAAAAGUACAAAAAAACCCACACAAGAGGAUCCAAGAUUUGUCAGAGUCAGCAUACCCAGAUCUACGCUUCUGUCAACACACCGUGUAAAACCGCACCGCAGAAAGAGUUUAGAGGACACUGAUUCCUUCUCUCUAUCUCAGCACUGUAUGAAGGGAUAUGAAAACUCUGUUCCUUCCAUGGUACCUACAGCAUCCAAUAUUGGUCUGCGAGAUGCUUCACUGGGCAUCAAGUCUAAAAUGCAAACUACCCUCACUGAUGCUGAAAAGAUUGCAGCCAGCUUCCCUUAUGCUUGGGAUACUUGCAUGGCAGAUCAGCUAAAACCAGCAAACUCCGGUCUCUACUCGUCAUAUCAGGAUAUGACUCUCCCCUACAGCAUGCGCUCCAAUGUUCCUGGAGUGGGAGAGGAAUCCCUGAGGUUAAAGAAAGCGACAGAAGAUCUGCUAAACUCCACAUACUCCCUGAUGUAUGAGAUGCAGAAUAUUAAAAAGAACCGAGAGAUUGGGGUGUAGAAACUGGUGGAAAGGCCGGAGUAUCAUUAUAUGCUUUGUGUAACAUGUUUUUAAUGUGUUUUUAUUUUUAGUACUCCAUAUUAAAUUAUUUUAUCAGA